AUGUCCUCUGCUCAUGAUGCCACCACCAAGAUCUCCAUCGACAAGUUCGACGGCGACAACUACGCGACGUGGAGCCGCUACAUGCGUGGCGUGUUCCUGACCAAGUCGGCGUGGCACGUGGUGAACCGGGAGACCACCCCCACCUUCGCCGAUCCUCGCGCCAGUGACGACUACAUCAAGACGAACAACAUUGCGUUCGGCUUAAUGCUGCUGCACAUGAGCGCGGAUUAUCAUCACGUGGUUGAUGACUGUGAAGAGGCGUGGGUCGCGUGGGCGCGUUUGAAGACGCUGUACGGUGGGUCGCAGAAGGCUGGACGCAUCUACUUGAAGCGCCAGCUGUUCAGCAUGGAGAUGGCGGAAGGCGGCAAUGUGAUGCAUCAUUGCAACGAAGUCAUCAACAUCAGCGCGAAGCUCAGCAGCAUCGGCGCCAAGAUGGAGGACGAGGACGUGGCGAUCUGCUUGUUGCGCAGCCUCCCCAAGAGCUACGAGAACGUCGUUCUCAACAUGGAGAUGAGCAGCGCGGAACUGCGAUCGCGAGACGUCGUGAGAGUGCUCACGAAUGAGCACAUCAAGAGACAAGGUGACAAGACGACAUCGGUGAAGACUGAAGACGCGGCGAAGGCGUUCAGUGCCGAGCGUGAACCUCGCCAGUGUACAUACUGCGGAAAAUUGGGGCACACGGCGGAGCGGUGCUGGACCAAGCAGAAGGACGAAAAUCAAGGUGGAGCUCGACGCGGCGGCAACAAUGCUCGUGGACGCGGAGCCAACAACGUUCAGUGGCGAACCAACAGCAACUACGAUGACAACUACGAUCGAGUUGCGUUCGCGGUUUCGCUGGAGGCUGGACUUUCGACGGGCAAGAAUAUGCCAGGGAUGUGGGCAGUCGACAGCGGUGCGACGCAUCACAUCUGCAACGACAAGGCCAAGUUUGCAAGCCUGAAUGAGCGAGAGGAAGGCGAACUAUCAGUGGCUGAUGGCAGCAAGGCUGCGAUCAAGGGUGUGGGAACCAUCAUGGAACGGGUGGUUCUGCCCAAUGGUGACGAACGCGACAUCGAGAUCAAGGACGCACUGUUCGUACCAAGUAUGAGCAAGAAUCUGCUUUCGGUGCCACAGAUCAACAAGGGUGGCAGGUUCCAAGUCGUGUUCGAUGGAUCCAAGAUGCAAGUGAAGCGCAAGAAUUCCACACUAGUCGUGGCAACAGCGGAUCUCGUCGAUGGACUUUACUGGCUGCGGACUCCUCAACGAUCGGCAAAUGCAGCAACACGCAAUGGGACCAUCGACUUGCAUGCGCGCAUGGGUCAUGCACCCCUCGAAGUUCUGCGCAAGAUGGUGGCCACUGGCAUGAUCAAGGACGCCAAGGCACCUCUCAACUCGACUGGUCCGAGUGUGUGUCGCGGUUGCCAGCAAGGAAAGAUGGUCCAAAAACCAUUCCCAACCAACCGUGACAAACGCCAAUAUGGUGUGUUCGAGUUGCUGCACUUCGACAUCUGCGGGCCAAUGGAACAAGUCUCGAUCGGCGGCAGCAGAUACUUACUGCUUGUGGUUGACGAAGCUAGCGGUUGCAUGAAGGGCUUCUGUCUGCGGUCCAAGUCUGAGAGUGAAGACUGUAUCAAGAACCACAUCAUCAAGAUUCAAACUCAGUUCGGCACGAAGAUCAAGUUUGUUCGGCACGAUGGAGCGCAUGAGUUUGCGACCAACUCCAUCAAGACCUUCUACGAAGAUCAUGGUAUCGAACAACAGAUCACGGUGCCGUAUGCACACCAGACCAACGGCACCGCAGAACGCGCGAUAAGGACCAUCGUCACGAUCGGACGCAGCUUGUUGCAUCAUGCAAAACUGGAGAAGUGUUUCUGGGCUGAAGCGGCAAUGACGGCGAUCUACAUCAAGAACCGCCUGCCUUCACCCAAGAUCGACCACAAGACUCCGUUCGAGAUCGUGUACAAGUCGAAACCAAGUGUCAAGCACAUGCGUGAUGAACUUUAG